AUCACUCUCUUCUCUGUGCCUGCACAAAGACAUCAUGACGAGCUUCCAACGUUCUUCAUCUUCCUCCAUGCGGAGCUCCACCGGUGGCCACGUGAUUGGCAUGAGGGCGGGCAGUGUGUACGCUGGGGCGGGAGGCGUUGGGGUACGCAUCUCCUCAGCAUCCAUGGGAGGAGGAGGCGGUGGCGGUGGCGGCGGCUACGGCGCUGGCGGCGGCUACGGCGCUGGCGGCAGCUACGGCAGCAUGAAAGCGAGCUUCAGCAUGGCUAGCAUGGAUGACAGUGUCAUUGGGAAUGAGAAGUUCACCAUGCAGAACCUUAACGACCGCCUGGCCACAUACCUGGACAAGGUGCGCAGCCUGGAGAAAGCCAACGCAGACCUGGAGCUGAAGAUCAGACAGUUCCUAGACACCAAGACCCGCCCCAGCACCAUAGACCAUGGAGCCUUCACCGCCACCAUUGCAGAUCUCACCUCCAAGAUUCACGGCGCCAUCUGUUUGAAUGGAACGAUUCAUCUCAGCAUCGACAACGCCAGACUGGCUGCAGACGACUUCAGGACCAAGUUUGAGAACGAGCUGGCCAUGCGUAUGUCCGUUGAGGCGGACAUUGCUGGCCUGAGGAGAGUCCUGGACGAUCUGACCAUGGGCCGGUCCGACCUGGAGAUGCAGAUCGAGGGUCUGAGAGAGGAGCUGAUCUUCCUCAGGAAGAACCACGAAGAGGAGCUGCUGGCGAUGCGUGCUCAGAUGAGCGGCCAGGUACAUGUGGAGGUAGAUGCCGCUCCGGCUGCGGACCUCAAUAAGACAAUGGCUGAGAUCAGAGAGUACUACGAGGGCGUCACCGCGAAGAACCAAAGAGAGCUGGAGGUCUGGUUCCAGACCAAGUCGGAGGAGCUGAACAAGGAGGUGGUGACGCAGACCGUGACUCUGCAGACGACCAGGUCGGAGGUGUCAGAGGUCAAACGCACGCUGCAGUCUCUGCAGGUCGAGCUGCAGUCCGCACUGAGCAUGAAAGGUGCUAUGGAGGCAUCCCUGGCCGAUGUACAGGGCCGCUUCUCCAUGCAGCUGUCCCAAUACCAGAUGCAGGUGAGCAGCAUGGAGGAGCAGUUGAUUCAGCUUAGGGCCGACCUGGAGAGGCAGGGACAAGAGUACCAGAUGCUGCUGGACAUCAAGACCAGACUGGAGCUGGAGAUCGCCGAGUACAGGAGGUUGCUGGACGGAGAGAGCAGUAGCAGUGUCAGCACCUCCUCGUCCUCCUCGUCAAGGACCUUGACGAAGACAGUCGUGGUGGUUGAAGAGAUAGUGGAUGGAAGAGUGGUCUCUUCCUCCUCUUCCUCCUCCUCCGCGUCUACCGCCGCCAUACUGGCCAACUAAACUUCAACGGUGGAGCAAAGGACAUCUUCAUCAAACAAUGCUUAAACAAUAAAAGAGAGUCCAAAUGAA